CUAAUCCAUCAAUUUCCUUCCCCCAUCCAACACAAGCCCCGAUAAGCAGAGCUUCCACUCACCUACAGCUCCCUGUCUUCACCCCACACUGCGAGUUCGCGUACCGGGGCAUCGAUCGAUCAAGCGGCAAGAAUGGCGGCGACAGGGAGCGCUCAGAGCCGACGGUUCGCCGCGGCGUGCGGCGUUCUCAGCCGCUGCAUCAAGGCGGCGGAGGCGCGGCCGGUGGUUCUCCCCCUCAUGCCCGGAGCGGAAGUGCCCGCGCAAGACGAGCACGCUGCGGGUCCUGCGCCGGCGAACGCGCAGAUGACUAUCUUCUACGGCGGGCAGGUGCUGGUACUCGACGAGGUCCCGGACGACAGGGCGGCCGAGCUGCUCCGUGUCGCCGCUGUCUCAGGCGCACCGCGAGGGAACUCCGAGGCGGCGGAUGGCGACCUGCCCAUGGCGAGGAAGGCGUCGCUGCAGCGGUUCAUGCAGAAGCGCAAGGGAAGGCUCGCCGCGCGCGCCGUCCCCUACAGCCGGCCAGACGGCGACGCCGUCCCCUACCAUCUCACGCUUACGCUCUGAUUUGUAUUCGUGCGUAGUAGAGUAGCCUGAGUAAUUGUUGACCCACUCGCCUGUCCCCGUCGCUCUGAAUUAUUAUGAUCAGAAAUUAUUGCUGUUGUUCUUCUGAUGAA